UCCUCCUCUGCCUCCUUCCCUCCUUUCUGCCGGCGAGGCUGCUGCUCCUUCUCCCUCCGGAUGGGGCUCCUCCGGGGGCUGCCGCCCAGCCUGGGCCCCUCCCGGCCGCCUUCCUCCUCCUCCUCCUUCUCCCGGGGGCAGCCCCUGCCCAGCCAGAGCAGCCCCUGCAGCCACCGCAGCUAAGGGCCCCGGAGGAAGAGCAGAAGGAAGGAGAAGCCAGGAGGAGGAGGAAGAUGUCUCUGCGGACGGCGCUGGCCCCGGGCAACGAGCGCAACGCCGAGGCCCCGCACCAGCGCUGCCCGGUGGUGACCCUUGACCCGGCCCCAAUCCCGGUGACGCCGCCGCUUUCCCCGCAGCCCUCCACGCUGGCCAGCAGCCGCUCCGAAAAGGGCUCAUCAUGGUCCAGCCGCUCGCUGGGCGCCCGAUGCCGCAACUCCAUCGCCUCCUGCGCCGACGAACAACCUCACAUCGGCAACUACCGGCUCCUCAAGACCAUCGGCAAGGGCAACUUUGCCAAAGUGAAGCUGGCACGGCACAUCCUCACUGGCAGAGAGGUGGCUAUAAAAAUAAUAGACAAGACCCAGCUGAAUCCAACAAGCCUCCAGAAGCUCUUCCGAGAAGUAAGGAUCAUGAAGGGUCUAAACCACCCCAAUAUUGUGAAACUUUUUGAGGUGAUAGAGACAGAAAAGACCCUCUACUUGGUCAUGGAGUACGCUAGUGCCGGAGAAGUCUUUGACUACCUUGUCUCCCACGGUCGUAUGAAGGAGAAAGAAGCCCGGGCCAAAUUCAGACAGAUUGUGUCUGCUGUGCAUUACUGCCACCAGAAGAACAUUGUCCAUAGGGAUCUGAAGGCCGAGAACCUCUUGCUAGAUGCUGAUGCCAAUAUCAAAAUAGCUGAUUUUGGGUUCAGCAACGAAUUCACGCUGGGUUCAAAGCUAGACACCUUCUGCGGGAGCCCUCCCUACGCCGCGCCGGAGCUCUUUCAGGGCAAGAAGUAUGACGGGCCCGAAGUGGACAUUUGGAGCCUGGGGGUGAUCCUCUAUACACUUGUCAGUGGCUCUUUGCCCUUCGAUGGGCAGAACCUCAAGGAGCUGCGGGAACGAGUCCUACGUGGCAAGUAUCGCGUCCCCUUCUACAUGUCCACAGACUGCGAGAACAUCCUCCGGCGUUUCUUGGUGCUGAAUCCAGCCAAGCGCUGCACCCUGGAGCAAAUCAUGAAGGACAAAUGGAUCAACAUUGGUUACGAAGGAGACGAGCUAAAGCCCUACAAGGAACCCGAAGAGGAUUUUACGGACGCAAAACGCAUCGAAGUAAUGGUGGGCAUGGGCUACACACGCGAAGAGAUCAAGGAAGCCCUGACCAACCAAAAAUACAACGAAGUCACAGCCACUUAUCUCCUGCUGGGCAGGAAGACUGAGCAGGUGGAAGGGGGUGAGUCGCGUACAGGUAGCAGCCUCUCGUUGGCCCGAGUGCGGGCGCCCAGCGAGGUCUCCAACGGGACCAGCAAGUCCUCCUCCUCUUCGUCGCACUCCAAGAGCCAAAGGAGCUCUUCCACUUACCACCGGCAACGACGGCACAGCGACUUCUGCGGUCCCUCUCCAGUGCCUAUGCAUCCAAAGCGGAGCCCCACAAGCACCGGGGAUGGCGAGUUGAAGGAGGAGCGCAUGCCGUCGCGCAAGGCCAGUUGCAGCGUGGUGAGCAGCGGACGGGGCAUCCCCCCCUCCAGCCCCAUGGUGAGCAGCGCAAACAACCCCAACAAAUCGGAGAUCCCCGACCGGCGCAAGGACAGCGCUGUAAACACAAACAACAUUCCCUCUAGUAUGAUGACACGGAGGAACACCUACGUGUGUACGGACAGGCCUGGCGGGGAACGCCACUCUCUGCUCCAGAACGGAAAAGAGAACAGCUCUGUCACCAGCCGGGUGCCUCCAGCCUCCCCCUCCACCCACAGCAUUGCCACCUCGUCCACCUCUUCAGACCGGACACGGCUCUCUCGUGGCACCAACAUCCGCAGCACUUUCCACGGCGGCCAAGUGCGGGAUCGACGUGGGACUGGGGUGCAAAACGGGCCACCCACCUCUCCCACCCUUUCCCAUGAAGCCACUCCGCUGCCCCAGAGCCGCAGCCGGGCCACUUCCAACCUCUUCAGCAAACUCACGUCGAAACUCACACGAAGGGUCGCAGACGAACCUGAGAGAAUCAGGGGACCUACGCUCACAAGUUGCAAUUUACCUUGGAAUCAAAAGGAAGCAGAACCCCGGCUGCUCCGAUUUACCUGGAAUGUGAAGCUCACCAGCACCCGCUCCGCCGACGCCAUACUGGCUGCCCUCCGCCAGGCCACAGACUCUGCCAACUGCUACUGCCACCAGACGGAGCCCUUUGUCCUGUCCUGUAUGUACGAGAAGAGCCCCAGCGAGCACUACUGCACCUUCGAGGUGGAGGUGUGCAGACUCCAGCGGUUGGGCGGACUCCAUGGGGUGCUUUUCCGGCGCCAAGCCGGCACCUCCCUGGCCUUCCGCAGCUUGGUGGGCAAGAUCUCCGACCAGCUGCAACUCUAGGGGGCUGGAUCUGCUCUGCGUCAACUGACCCAGAAGGCCGGAAAACUAUCGGAGGAGAAGGCUGCAUUGGGGCGGACGUGACCCUACCCACCCGACCUGGUUGUAGAAGCUCUCGGGGGCAUGGUCUUGUGUCACAACAAGAUGAGGAGUUGCUCUGGAGGGUACCUGCUGGUUUUCCAGCUGGCACUACGGACUUGUGGGGUGGUGGAUGUGAGAUGUGGGGUGCUGAAGAGAGGAACUCCACUCGGACAUACGAGGAGGAGCAUCUUCCCCUUGCCAGCAACCCUUCCCUGGCCCAAAGCUCCAGGCUGCUGCAAGAAAUGGUUGGGAGGUGGAGGAGGGAUGAAAAGGGGAAAAGUCAGAUGCAAAGGUCAUGGCUUCUCUGUGGCUAAGAGCAGCCAAGCCAAAGGCUUGCUAGGUCUCCUUUCCUUUAUUUUUUUCCUGACAAAGAGGAAAUCUUGCAGUGGCGGGAGCGUGUGAGCCAGAGCCAACAUGGCAAGGGAAGAAGAGCAGUGGGCCAAAACUGGUGUCGUGGACACCCCACCCUACACUUCUGGCUUAUUCAUGUCAUCCCCCAACACUACUCCAGUGCUUGGAUCCCUCUGGUCAUUAUGCUUCCCGGCCCCUGAAUCUCAUCCCACCACAACCAAUUUUAAGGAGCCACCAUUUUCCUUCAUUGGCACAUGUCCCUCCAUCUUGAAUCCAGAAAUUGAGGGGAAGAGGGGAAGCUUCAGAUUUUCAAACCAGAGAUAGUUUUUAAUCCCAGGUAUAAAUGUAGCAUUUGGAGUCGAUAGCUGCGGGGAAGCAGAUUCUAAUCCACAUCGAAUUGGACUCUGUGUGUUUAAAUAACAAUAAUAGUUACCAGAGGGAGUCCAAACCCCACAGAUUUAGUCCUGUCUGCCCCCACCAAGGAGGAAUACAAUAAAUAUCCCAAAUAUUUGGAGUAGGUCAGCCCUUAGUCCCAAGCGAAGGAGCAACAUUACUGAAAGGGCCAUGCGUUGGGGUGCCGGAAACUGGGAGAAGUCUUGAGGUCAGGGCAAGGCCAGAUAGAAAUGGCUGGCAUGGAAAUGGGGUGGGACAUGGGGCUGCUAUCCCAGAGGGGAAUAGUUAGGGGUUCGAGUGGGGUCCCUGGGCAACUCCUGAAGCCAUUUGACAUUGGGCUUCAGCUUGACCACUGCAGCUCCUAGAGGUGGACUUCGGCCUCCGCUACGCAGACCCCCAAAGUGCACCAAGCUCUCGAGAGGUGGCCAGCCCCUUGCCACUGUUACGCCAACCCCCUCCCUCCACAUUGCUGGACUUAGGAAACAAACAAUAUAAAAACCAGAACCCCCGGUGCUGAGACCGCUCUCUAGCGGAGGCUGGCCCUCCCAGGGGUUGGUUCAAGGGCUCACUCAGACCGAUCAUCCCAAAAGCUGGGCACCUUGCUGGAGCUGGCUCUCUCACUAGUGAAAGGGGGAAGGAAAUUCCGUAUCUGGCAUGGCACUUUGCAGGACGGACUCUGGGCACCCUUGGCAAGACCGACAGGCCCUCCACCCUGGAAGUGGGCCUUGCCACUAUUGACCGGCCACGGCAGGUGGCAGCUGAGGAUGAAUACGGAGGGGGGGUCUGGUCUCAGAUGGCGGAAUGGGCAUCUGAGUGAGCUGGGGCAGCAGGGAAGGGGGUGAAGGACCCCCAUCCCAAUCCUGGUAGGAGGGCAGGUGGAGCUUGCAGGGUCCUCACCCAGGUCAUUGCAGAGGAUGCUGACUUUGGCAGCUCUUAAUGGGGAAAAUUAAGUGGGUUCCUUUCCUUCCCUGACCCCCCCCCCUUUGCCACGUUCUCCUCCUCCCAUUCUGUACACUGGUUCCCCUCCCAACACCACCCCAAUUCUUCGCCUGCCCACCCCUCAAAUCCUGCCCCUCUUCCCCAUCUGUACAGCCUCCCCUGUAAAUAAUAGUCCAGUUAGCCCCCUGUAUCAUUGGGUAGAGAUUAUUAAAUGAGCCAGCCCUGUAGCCUUGGGACGAUUGUAAGUUAUUCCAGCCCCAGAGCGAUGGUCUGUACUGAAUCCUUAAUAAACGUAGAAAGCCUC